AUGUCGGAGGCCCCUCCCGGUGGCUCCAGCCCGGCCGUUCAAGACGAUUUUACUGUUGCUGAGUUCAUGGGAGACGUACCAGAGGAGAAUGGGAGUUGCGGUACUAGCAGCCCGAAAUGGUCCGAUGUGAAAAUGGAGAAUAUGUUGCCUAGCAAGACCGCUCGAGUCCAGAUGUCGGCAACUUGUCCGUCUUCGGAUGCGAGUAUCUGCACAUUGGGAGGAGGGAAGCCUUUGAAGACUCAAGGUUCUUGGAGCGAGGCUAUGCGGGCGACAACAAUCGGCCCUAGAGCUGCUGGGGCGAUGUUGAAGGUGCCUCUGCGUCGUCUGCUAGGUCAUUCCAAAAGGAAGUCGUGGAACUCCAAUAUGGAAUCGUAUAUCGGUGCUUUGCACUCGGUCGGAAAGCACCUUUCUGGCAUGAGCGUUGAGCGUUUUCGCUUCGCUCAGUCUCUCCACAUCGACGGGCAGGAGGAAGCUCUAAAAUUGACGUGGAUAUGGCCGAAUGAGAUCACACCGUUGAGGCCGCCGGAGCUAGCAGUACAGAAGGUUGGACCCAGCAUUAGUGUGUUGAAGGAAAACCCGGUCAUCUUGUACGUCCCUGGCACGCCAUUCUGCGUAUGGGGCAAAGGAGUUCAUCGCUAUAUGUGCUACCUCCUAGCCAAACGAGCCGAAGCUGUAGUGUAUAAGCAUCUUAUAGAAACCAUAGGAGUUGACCCUGGUGCAAUCGCAGUUGCUGGCGACUCUCUCGGUGCGGGGAUGGUCAUGUUGGCACUCAUGGCGCUCAGAAACGAAGGGAUUGCGCUGCCCAGUAGUGUUUGCCUGAUUUCUCCCAUCACCGACUUAGCCGAUCAAGUCGACGACUUUUCCGACGAGUUUAGUUCCUCUACGGAUGAACGGAAGUCUUCGAACGCCGACAAAGGCACUGAGAAAAAGAAAAAUGAGGAGGAAAUGACCGGCGGACUUGGAGAUGAUAUUGGCACCUCGAGUGACGCAGUUGGGGAAUCUGAGAGCUCCAAACCUGCUAGGGAGAAAAGUGUCGACGAGGAAGGGAAAAAUGCAGAAGUUGACGCUGGUACCGAGGUGAACACACCCCCGAAGUCUGCGGUAUCAUCGCGAGCAGCAGCAGAGAGGAAAGAAUGCGUUGACUAUGUACAGCGCGAUCUGGUAAUGAUCCAAGCGGGGCAAGAGGAAAUUUUCCUCCCCCAAAUUGAACGUUUUUCUGCUAAGGCGUCUGCAAUGAAAAACCCCGAUACUCAUUUUCAGUUCCAGGUGUACGAGGAAAUGAUAAUUUUGGAUGAUGUAAUCGGUGUUGUUGCUGUGAACGGCGAAGUGAAGGCGACUACUAUCGCGCCGUGCUCUGUGUGUCUGGAUAAUCCAGGGGACAUGGUUGUUUUACCCUGUGGCCACGCGGGAAUUUGCCAGUCCUGUGCGGUUCACAUAGCGAGCAACGAAGCUGUCGGUGGCAGUUGUUGCCCAAAAUGCCGAACUGAAAUCGACCAGCUUGUUCGCAUUGGAAAAGUGUAUGACACUUCGAUACAGGGAAUCGAGGCUCCUUUCACUCGGCAGGCUAGGGCCCCACCGGUACCGUCGCCACCAGGAUUGGAAAAAAUGAAGGGUCAGAGCAAGUCGUAA